CUCGCGAGAGAGAAGCCAAGCCAGUUGAGUCGAACUGUUGAGGAAUCGCUCGCUCGCUCGCUCGCUCGCCGGCGGCGCGGACGAGGAGGGGGCGAGAUGUUCUUCCACAUCGUGCUGGAGCGGAACAUGCAGCUGCACCCGCGGCACUUCGGCCCGCACCUCCGCGACAAGCUCGUCUCCAAGCUCAUCAAGGACGUCGAGGGCACCUGCAGCGGGCGGCAUGGGUUCGUGGUGGCGAUCACGGGGGUGGAGGAUGUCGGCAAGGGGCUCAUCAGGGAGGGCACGGGCUACGUCACCUUCCCGGUCAAGUACCAGUGCGUCGUCUUCCGCCCCUUCAAGGGCGAGAUCCUGGAGGCCGUCGUCACCAUGGUCAACAAGAUGGGGUUCUUCGCGGAGGCUGGGCCUGUGCAGAUCUUCGUGUCCAACCAUUUGAUUCCUGAUGAUAUGGAGUUCCAAUCUGGGGAUGUGCCAAAUUAUACUACUUCUGAUGGAUCGGUGAAAAUUCAGAAAGAUAGUGAGGUUCGGUUGAAGAUUAUUGGGACACGUGUUGAUGCAACAGAAAUUUUUUGCAUUGGCACAAUAAAAGAUGACUUCCUGGGCGUUAUCAGUGAUCCUGGUGCGGCAGUGUAAAUUAUCCGGUGACAAGAUUACGCCUCUUCAUGCUCUUGAACGGGAAUAUUCCGAUGAAUUGUAGUGUUAAAAUAUGGAAGCCCCACUGGAAGGGGCUGUAAGUGGGUUGGAACCUGUAUUUUCAUCACUAUAAAUGGCGCUUUACCAAGUUGGCACUGUUGCUUGAGUGUGUUGUGGGAUUCAACUUUCAAGCAGUCAUUUAACUAAUCAAACUCUGACCUUUUUACGGACUGUACAA